AUGUCUACAGAGAAAACAUAUCCUUUUGACCCAACCAAAGAUAUCCCAUCCCUCGCCGGGAAGGUCAUCUUCAUCACCGGCGCAAACACUGGCCUCGGAAAAGCCACUGCCAUUGAACUGGCCAAGCACUCUCCUGCUCAUGUCUAUAUCACCUCACGAAACCCUGCCAAGGGGAAUGCUGCACUUGAGGAAGUCAGAAAGACCGCUAGUGAAGGCACAGAGGUCUCUCUUAUAGAGCUCGAUCUCUCCAGUUUCGAAAGCAUCAAGUCUGCAGCUGCCGAGUUCCUCAAACAGGAGGACAGACUUGACGUUCUCUUGCUGAACGCUGGAGUCAUGGGCGUUCCACCCACCCUGACUAAGGAUGGGUAUGAGAUGCAUAUGGGAACUAACCAUCUAGGGCAUGCUUUGAUUCUCAAGCUUCUCAAACCAGCCCUUGAUAAGACUCCCGAUGCUCGUGCUAUCCAUCUAAGCUCUGCUGGAUUCCGUCACGUCGGACCGGCAGGCAUUGAGUUUAAUACUCUGAAGUCAGCUAAGAGCGAAACGGCUUUGCCUUUUCGAUACGCUCAGAGCAAGCUCGCUUGUCUCCUUUACGCAAGAGAAGCAGCCAAGCGAUAUCCCUAUUUCAAGAACAUCGCCAUCAACCCAGGCGAGGUUCAGACAGAGCUUUUUACUCGUGAGCCAGGAGAUGACUUGAUGAAGCACUUACAAGAGAAUGUGGCCUCUAAAGUUGCAAUUCCUAUCACAGAGGGUGUCAAGAAUCAUCUUUGGGCUACUACGUCACCAGAUAUUGAGAAUGGGGAGUUUUAUGAACCUGUUGGAAAGACUGGUGGGUUGGAGGGACAUGGGCUGGAUAAUGAGAUGGCCAAGAAGCUUUGGGAUUGGACGGAGGAGCAGCUGAAAGAUCAGGUGUUGUGA